UACGGUCAUAACGUCCACACGCCACAAAAUCCCAGAAUCCUCCGCGCCGCUCGCCGAGAAGGUGACAGGGGACGGUGAAAAUGGCCACUGCCUAUCUCACUCACCACCAAAAAGUGUUGCGACUUUACAAGAAAUCACUGCGACACCUCGAGUCAUGGUGCAUCUUUAGAGACAAAUAUCGGUUCUACGCCUGCAUGCUGCGGGCUCGCUUCGAUGAGAACAAGGGCGAGAAGGACAUGGUGAAGGCCACCAGGAUGCUGAAGGCGGGGGAGGAGGAGUUCUGGUCCAACCAGCACCCGCAGCCCUACAUCUUCCCCGACUCUCCCGGAGGAACGUCCUACGAGAGAUACGAGUGCUACAAGGUCCCCGAGUGGGUGCUGGACCACUGGCACCCCUCAGAGAAGGCCAUGUACCCGGACUACUUCUCCAAGAGAGAGCAGUGGAAGAAACUGAGAAUGCAGAGCUGGGACAAAGAGGUCGCCCAGCUGCAGGCCGAGACUCAACCCGGCGGCCCCAAGACCGAAGCCCUCCCUCCUGCCCGCAAGGAGGGAGACCUCCCCCCUCUGUGGUGGCAGUACGUCACCCGCCCCAGGGAGCGCCCCACAUAAACAACCUCCACCUCCUGGGGUCGGUCACCCCCCUCAGUCUGAGAGGAAACAACAGCAGAAGCAGCACGAAGGCUGGCUGACCUCUUAAUGGAUUACCACCUGUCUGUAAAGAAUCAGUCAUUCACCUGUGCAGGUUGCAUGGCUGACAAAUCAGACCUGCCUGAAUUCACACGGAUCCUUUUACGUAGUAGUCAGUUUAAGGAGGUUGGUGACUUUGAAAAGUCCUGUACAUGUUUCAAAUAAUACCUGUAAUUGUUCCGAUAAAUAAAUAUAUGAUGUAAAUUG